GGCUCCCUUUUCAAAAUGGCAGUAGCCCCCCGGCUGUUUGGGGGGCUCUGUUUCCGUUUCCGGGGACAGAAGCCGGAAGUAGCAUUUAUGGGGACUUUUCCUAUCCCCAGCUGCGAUGACUGUGAGAGGAGGCGAACGGCCAUGGCGGCGGUGGCAGAGAGUCCGGCGGCUGCGGCUGCGGCCGAGGACCGAGAGCCACAGCGUAAAGCGGUGCCGGGCCUGGAGAGCCAGCGGCGCCAGAUCGAGAACGGCGAGAAUGGGCGAGGGCAUCCGCUGCGGGCGGGCGAAAGCUGGUUCCUCGUGGAGCAGCACUGGUACAAGCAGUGGGAAGUAUACGUGCAGGGAGGAGACCAGGACCCCAGCACCUUCCCUGGCUGCAUCAACAAUGCUGAGCUCUUUGAAGACCAGGUAAACUGGCGCCUCAAGAAGGGACUGGUGGAAGGUGAGGACUAUGUGCUGCUCCCAGCGGCUGCUUGGCAUUACCUGGUCAACUGGUAUGGUCUAGAGCAUGGCCAGCCUCCCAUUGAACGCAAGGUCGUGGAGCUGUCCAACAUCCAGAAGGUUGAAGUGUACCCAGUAGAACUGCUGCUCAUCCAGCACAGUGAUAUGGACACAGCUCACACCGCUCAGUUCAGCCGCACAGAUUCUGUUGACCUAGUUCUGCGCACCGCUCAAGAGCAGUUUCUGGUGAGCCCCCAAGAAGAGACACGGCUGUGGAUCAAGAACGCGGAGGGCUCUUUUGAGAGGUUGUGCAACACACGUGUCACAGUGCUUGACGCCGCUCUCAAGACUGGGCAGGUGGUCAUCAUGGAGACCCGAAACAAGGAUGGCACUUGGCCCAGCGCACAGCUGCCCGCCAUGAGCAGCGCGUCGGAGGAGGAUGAGGACUUCCAGGGCCAGCCGGGCAUCUGUGGUCUCACCAAUCUGGGCAACACGUGCUUCAUGAACUCGGCCCUGCAGUGCCUCAGCAACGUGCCACAGCUCACCAACUACUUCCUCAAAAACCGCUACCUGGAGGAGCUCAACUUCUGCAACCCACUGGGCAUGAAGGGGGAGAUCGCAGAGGCCUAUGCGGACCUGGUGAAGCAGGCGUGGUCCGGCCACCACCGCUCCAUCGUGCCCCACGUGUUCAAGACCAAGGUCGGCCACUUUGCGUCCCAGUUUCUGGGCUACCAGCAGCAUGACUCACAGGAGCUGCUGUCGUUCCUCCUGGAUGGGCUGCACGAGGACCUCAAUCGUGUUAAGAAGAAGGAAUAUGUGGAACUGUGCGAUGCUGCUGGGAGGCCAGAUCAGGAGGUUGCUCAGGAGGCCUGGCAGAACCACAAACGGCGGAACGAUUCUGUGAUUGUGGACACUUUCCAUGGCCUCUUCAAGUCCACGGUGGUGUGCCCUGAUUGUGGCAACGUGUCUGUGACCUUCGACCCCUUCUGCUACCUCAGUGUCCCAUUGCCUAUGACCCACAAGAGGGUCAUGGAGGUCUUCUUUGUCUCCAUGGACCCCCGCCGCAAGCCAGAGCAGCACCGGCUCGUGGUCCCCAAGAAAGGCAAGAUCUCGGAUCUGUGUGUGGCUCUGGCCAAACACACUGGUGUCUCGCCAGAAAGGAUGAUGGUGGCCGAUGUCUUCAGUCACCGCUUCUAUAAGAUCUACCAGCUGGAGGAGUCUCUGAGCAGCAUCUUGGACCGAGAUGAUAUCUUCAUAUACGAGGUGUCAGGCAGGGCUGCUAUUGGCGAGAACUCCAGAGAGGACGUUGUGCUUCCUAUCUACCUGCGGGAGCGCACCCCAGCCCGGGACUACAACAAUUCUUACUAUGGCCUGAUGCUCUUUGGGCACCCGCUCCUGGUGUCGGUGCCCCGGGACCGGCUCUCCUGGGACGCCCUGUAUCACAUCCUGCUGUACCGCCUCUCACGCUAUGUGACCAGACCCAGCUCGGAUGACGAGGAUGAUGGGGAUGAGAAAGACCUGGAGGAUAAGGACAACCUCCCUAAGCCUGGACAUGUGGCUGGGGGCAGCUCCCAAGACCCUGGGCCGGAGCAGGCUGGGCCCAGCUCUGGAGUCGCGGGCGGGAGCCGGGCCCCCGUGGACAACUCCCCUGGACCAUCCCACUGGCCCCAGAGAGCACGGCGCAAGCACCUCUUCACCCUGCAGACAGUGAAUUCCAAUGGGACCAGCGACCGCUCGACCUUCAACGAGGAUACCCAUGCCCAGCCGUACAUUGCCAUCGACUGGGAGCCAGAGAUGAAGAAGCGUUACUAUGACGAGGUGGAGGCUGAGGGCUACGUGAAGCAUGACUGUGUUGGGUACGUGCUGAAGAAGGCUCCGGUGCGGCUGCAGGAGUGCAUCGAGCUCUUCACCACCACUGAGACCCUGGAGAAGGAAAACCCCUGGUACUGCCCCAAUUGCAAGCAGCACCAGCUGGCCACCAAGAAGCUGGACCUGUGGAUGCUGCCGGAGACGCUCAUCAUCCACCUGAAGCGCUUUUCCUACACCAAGUUCUCCCGCGAGAAGCUGGAUACCCUUGUGGAGUUUCCUAUCCGGGACCUGGACUUCUCCAAGUUUGUCAUCAAGCCGCAGAACGAGUCGGCCCCAGAGCUGUACAAAUAUGAUCUCAUUGCAGUUUCCAACCAUUACGGGGGCCUGCGGGAUGGACACUACACGACAUUUGCCUGCAACAAGGACAGCGGUCAAUGGCACUACUUCGAUGACAACAGUGUCUCACCUGUGACUGAGAAUCAGAUUGAGUCCAAGGCAGCCUAUGUCCUGUUCUACCAACGCCAGGAUGUGGCACGUCGCCUGCAACCCCAGCCCAGCUUAUCUGACCCCCCAGCGUCCCCAGCCUUUGGUACCCCAGCCAACUCUGAGUUCAUGGAUGUAAAUUGAGGGGCCCUGGCCCUGCCACAGGGAAGGUAGCCAUCUCUGCUCUCUUCCUUCCCAGCUCCACCCCUGUCCUCUUACCUGUGUUAGGUGCCCCAUGCCAGACGCCACAGGCUUAGUCGUGGCUACUGUUCUCCUGUGCUGCUAUAUUGCUUUCUCUUGGGGAAGAAGAGGGCAUGUCUCCUUCCAGCAGUGUGUUCCCUACCUGUGUUUGCCCCUUAGAGCAUUAACCCUCCCUUCUAUUCUCUAUUUAUGGUUGUCCCCUUCCCUCUUGUCCUCAACCUGGGGUGAACUGAGGGGUUGGUGGUGGGAUGCACCUGAACACAGAGUGUAUUUUCUUAUUGAGACUCUGUACUUUCUGCUGUGUACAUAUAAACGUGCCAGUGUGUUC